CCUGGUCUACUUUAUGCACCUUGAUUCCUACCCAGACCUUGGUCGUCAACCUGCCAAACUUAGUUAUCUUUCUCACUGUAUUUCACGUUUUCUUCGAUUGCCGUACGGAAUAUAAGUCAUAAUCCUGAGAAUAACAAAGGAAAAAGAAAGGAAAGUGGAAAUGGCUAUCGGUGACUAUCCGGCAGAGUACAAUCCAAAGGUCCAUGGGCCCUACGAUCCAGCCCGUUUUUACGGGAAGGCUGAUGCUCCGUUCGGUCAGGUAAAACUUGGCGAUUUGGGCGCUUGGUUUGGACGACGAGACAAAAAUCCUCGUGCCAUAGCAGGAGUUUUUAGUCGCGCUUUUUGGAGAUGGCAGCACAAGUAUAUGCAGCCGAAGCGAACGGGAAUUGCUCCGUUUUUUCAAGUCAUCGUCGGAGGAAUGGUGUUCUUCUAUACCAUUAACUAUGGAAAACUGAAGCAUCACCGUAACUACAAAUACCACUAAAUGUUGGCAAAUCGUCUGCACGAUGAUUAUCAUUACAUAAUUGCAAGGUGUUUUAUGCAGAAGAUCAUCGCUAUUAAUAGAGUGUAGUUCGGUUUGCGACAUAUAACUUGUAGUGAAGUAUAAAAAAGAAACAUUCAAUUGAUGCAAAUGAUGUAAUGAUGAAAAAUCAAUAAAUGUAUGUUUGUUUCGCA